AUGGCUAUGUUAUAUCACAUAACAACAAACAAACCAUUUUGUGGAGGCGCUUUGCUGACAUCAAACUGGGUUGUGAUUGCUGCACACUGCAUUAACAAGUCAAAAGUUAACGAAAAUACGCUCCAGGUAUACAUCGGAAAACAUGAAGCAGUUGUAGUUGAAAGUGGAAUUAUUGUGGACGAAAUUAUUGUGCAUCCUGAUUAUAAUAAAACAGUGUAUGAUGCAGACAUCGCUCUUAUUCGAUUGACGGAACAUGUUGUUUUCACAGAAACGAUCAAGCCAGUGUGCCUGCCGUCAGUAGAAAAAGCUAAACAGUUGCUUCAACCAAACACAUACGGUACUGUUAUAGGAUGGGGUGAUACUGGGGAACAGGGACAAUCCAGCACACGUAAUAUACUACAGGAGGCAAAGAGAUCCAACCUUGCCUCGUUCACACCGGCAGCAGCACGGGACAUGUCACACAUGUUCAUGAAAACAACAAAGUUUCUAGCUUCUGAAGGUCACAAUCAGACACUUCUCUCGGGCAGUGAAUGA